GCUUUGACAGACGACAAAUAAGUAUGGCCACCGGUUAUGGUGAUAAAAAAAAGUAACCAAAAACGAUUUUUGAAUGCUUGUCAACCUCAACGGGUCAAAACACGUGUCUGUUGAAAAAAAAUGGAUUUCCAUUGAAAUCAAGGUGAGGGAAUGUCAGAAAAUCGAAUUUCUGAACUUAUAUCUCCUAUCAGACGUUCACUGCGUUUAAAAGCUAGAGCUACAUCAACUCCUUUGCCUAAUUCUGAAUUAUUUACUGAAAAUAGAGAGCCUGAAGACGUGGAAACGCCAAAAUAUAAGGAAAUUACCCAGAACACCACUAUUUUAGAAAGAAACGAAAAUUCUACCCUUAACUGUAGUUGUAGUUGCAACUGUAGCUGUUGUAAGAGCUGCGUGAAGAAAUCGCCCAUUAAUAUUACAAAUUUACGAAGAAAACUAACGCAAGCCAUUGAGCUGGGGACCUGUAAUAUAAUGAUUGAAAAAAUUGAGAAAAUUGAGGCUAUCAUGAAGAAUGUGAAACAAAAAAACGACAAAUCAAUUGAGAAAGAACGUCAAGAUUUUUCAAGCGAUGAGAGUAGUGAAGAAAACAUCAAAAUAACAUUGGAUAGGAAAAUUGAUAGAUUACUAGACAAUGCUUCCUUAUCUUCAGAAAGCGACAAGGAAGAGCGGAAUUCAUUCGUAAUGAGUGAAGCAGAAGAAGGGGAGGAAGACACGCCUUCUGAAGACAGUAACGCAAUUAUAGAAGUUGGUGAAGAAAUUCGUACAGAGUCUGAAAGAAGCAGUGACGAGUCUUAUGAAAGCGGUUCAUUUAUUGACGAUAAUGAUGACCAUAAACUUUUAUCAGGAGAAGAAUAUGAUCUGUCGUGGGAUUCCCCCGAAAAAUUUAGCCGUAUCGUAAAACUGAGUAGCGGAAGCGAUGACGAAAUAGUUCAUGUGAAGAAAAGGGAGAAAAAACCGCUGAAAAAGCCAAGAAAGUCCAGGAUUAUUAAGUGUGAAGACUCAAGUGAUGAAGAUGAAAAAUUUGUUGAUGAAAAUAAAAGCGAAACUGAAAAAAAUUCAAACGAAGAACAGAAAAAAAUUAUCAUUUUGGAAAAUGUCAAGGUGCAAGAUAUACAGAAUAAGGAACUGUCUGAGGGAAUUAAUCAAGUCCUAAAAAAUAUUUUGUCCCAAUCGUCCAUCAACAGUUCAACGGACACAAAUUUAACACCCAAUGGCCAAGUGCGGCGUAAGAAAAAAAGGAAACCAAAGAAGAAGCAAAAGAUGAACGGAAGUCUUCAAAUAGAUAACAAAAAUGAAGAAGAGGAAUCUACAAAUGUUCAAAUUACCGCAAAAAGGAAACUGCCCAACUCAGACGAUUCUUUGCAGUUACAACCGCCGUUAAAGAAGAAGAAAAAGAACAGAAAAAGACAAAAACAACGUGUAGAAGAAUGUAGCCAAUUGAGUCUAAUAGAAGAAGCCAUAAAACAAACGCCUGUGUUAAAAAUAGAACUUACAAAUGACUGGGACAUAGAAGAUAUUCAAUUAAAACCGACUAGACCGCAGCCGCGUAAACCAAAACCGAAAUCAGAAAAAUCCCCCAAAGAAACCGAACAAUGCCAUUCGAAAGAUUUUCGGAAACCGAAAUCAGGAAAAUCCCCUAAAGUAGAAAAAGCCGCACAAUUUCAUUCGAAAGACUUUCGGAAUUUGAUGCUCUACGACACUUCGCGGAACAGACGGACUGAUACUAAAUCUCUUCUCUAUAGAAAGUUUUGAAAUAUUGUGUUAUACCUAUUUUACGAAUUUUUUGUUACACCGUUUUACAAAUAAAUUCUUUAUCCAAAA